UCCUGGCAUGGAGAUGGCAGAGAUGAAGAACUUGUUCCUUCUGCUCCUGCUGGUAAUGAUACCAUCUUCUGCAUUUUCAGGCCGCCGGAUGAAACGGCAGAUUGAUGUCUGGGGGAGCUGGGGUGAAUGGGGCAGGUGCAGUCGGAGCUGUGGCGGGGGAGUCAGCUUUCGGCAACGACGCUGCUAUUCCCAAAGGACAGAAGGUGCUUCCAGUUGUGUUGGACCAACUCGAAGCUAUCGGUCUUGCAAUGUUCAGAGCUGUCCAGAAGACUCCCGGGAUUUCCGGGCAGAGCAAUGUGCAGAGUUCGAUGGGACAGAAUUCCAAGGAAAGAAAUACAAGUGGCUUCCGUAUUAUGGAGCACCCAAUAAGUGUGAGUUAAACUGUAUUCCCAAGGGAGAAAACUUCUACUACAGGCACAAGGAAGCAGUGAUAGAUGGGACUACCUGUGAACCUGGCAAGCGGGACAUCUGUGUAGAGGGCGUUUGUCAGGCUGUUGGCUGUGAUAACAUGCUGGAAUCUGCCAAGAAGGAGGACAAAUGCCUGCAGUGUGGAGGAGAUGGCAGCACCUGCUAUGGUGUGAAGGGAACUUUUGAUGUGGCAAGCCUCCCCAAAGGUUACAAUCAGAUCUUCAUCAUCCCCGUGGGAGCCACCAGCAUCCUAAUUAAGGAAGUUAUGCCCAGCAGGAAUUUUCUGGCUGUCAAGAACGUGCGAGGGGAGUAUUAUCUGAAUGGGCAUUGGACCAUUGAUUUCAGCCGGGCGCUGCACGUGGCUAGCACAGUUAUGCACUAUGACCGUGGCUCGGAGGGUGAUCUGGCCCCAGAGCUCCUCCAUGCCCGCGGUCCCACCACAGAACCCCUCAUCAUUGAGCUCAUCAGCCAGGAGCCAAACCCAGGGGUACAGUACGAGUACUACCUGCCUGUGCAAGGACAGGCCCCGGGCUACAGCUGGAGCUACGGUUCCUGGAGUGAGUGCAGCUCCGAGUGUGGAGGAGGCUUCCAAUCACGCCUGGUGUUUUGUACCAUAGACAACGAAAUUUAUCCAGACUAUAUGUGCAGGAAUAAACCACAACCAGACAACAACCGGACGUGUGGCCGUCAGACUUGUCCCCAGACAAAACGGUGGAAAACGGGGGAGUGGGGACCCUGCUCAGCUACCUGUGGUGGGGGCACCCAGAGUCGCUCCGUUUACUGCGUGGCGUUUGAUGGUCAGAGCUCCCAGGGGGUGGUGGAUAACACCGAGUGCAUGGCCUUCGCCCAGCAGCCUCACAGCAGCCAGCCCUGCAACGUCAGACCAUGCGCCACCUGGAGCACCGGGCCAUGGUCGGAGUGCUCGGCCAGCUGUGGGGAAGGGGUCCAGACCCGGACCGUCACCUGCAGAACACAGCAGGGCUCUCAGGCUCAGGACUUCGCUUGCCUCAUGGAGCCAAAGCCAUCGGCCACCCAGCCCUGCCUUAAGGAGAACUGCAUCCAGGAAAUCGGCUGGCACGUUGGAGACUGGGGCCUGUGUUCCAAGAGCUGCAAUUCAGGCAUCCGGACACGCCAGGUCAUCUGCGCUGACGGGGACUCCAAAUUCUACAGUCCUGAGACAUGCAAAGCCAUCCAGCCACAGAAACCUGCCACCCUGGGUAGCUGCAACACACAGCCCUGCUACCUGCCACAGCAGGUCCCCAGUAUGCAGGACACUAUGGGAUACGAUGUCACUCGCCAGUCCUCGCUGACGCGUUACAACCCAAACAGCCCUGCCACAGGAGUUCUCUCCCCAGAUUCUGGUGAUGAAAGGAUGCUCCCUGGGAGCUCCACAAUCCAUAGUACCUCUGGGAAUCACCACAUCCCAUCCCCCAAGGACCACGGCAUCAACUUGUUGCCUGUUCGCUGGGAACCCCAGUCACGCUCCCCGGGUUCCCAUCAGCUCAGCUUCUCUCAGGACCACACAGCAGGGGCUGGCUCUCGGGACUGUCAUCGGAGCCCACAUGGCUGCUGUCCAGAUGGGCACACUCCGGCUUCAGGCCCCUUGGGGAGAGGUUGCCCCUUCGGCACCUGUCACCGAAGCAGGUAUGGAUGCUGUCCUGAUGGAAUAUCAGCUGCCCAGGGUCCAAACAACAUGGGAUGCCCACAAUAUUACCGUGAUGUUCAAGUGAGCAGAAAUCAGCCCACUGCAGCUGCUCCAACGGCAAGCCAAGCCUUGUCCCAGCAGCACCCCUCGGGCGAGUGCCGCAGCUCCACGUACGGCUGCUGUUUUGACAAUGUGGCUUCAGCUUCGGGUCCUCAAGGGGAAGGAUGUCUCAAUAGGCCCAACUACCCGUACCCUGUCAUGUGCCUGCUGCCCAGUGCCCAUGGCCCCUGCGCCAACUGGACCACUCGCUGGUACUUUGUGCCUGUGGUUGGCAAGUGCAACCGAUUUUGGUACGGCGGCUGUCACGGCAAUAAAAACAGCUUUGCCUCGGAGGAGGAGUGCAUGAGAGCCUGCCACAACUCUGGGGGGGUCAGCCCUCUGGAGCACCAGCCGUCUUCUCUCACUGGAGCCCUGCAGCACCAGCAUACUGGCUCCCGCUCUCCAACGGGGGAUGCUCGGGGUCAGCAACAGCCCCCACUGAGAGAGCCUGCAAGUCACAGCCAAGAAGGAAGAGCCUACGGGGCUUCACGCCCCACGCAAGAUGGCCACAGAAGGGACAGCUGGAGAAGUGAAGUGCUGGCAAGGGCUGGUGUGAUGGAGAGCCAGCGCUGGGGCACCCAGCAAAGCAGAUGGGACAGCCUGAGCCAGCUGCACUCGUGGGAAGCAGCGGUACCAGGGCCCUCAGAGAGGCAGAGUGGCAGUGGCCAGCAGUGGCAUAAGGCUUUUGGAGCAGAUGUUUCCAUGACAGAAGGACUUGGGCACCAGGCGUCUGCAGACUCAUUCCCAGCACGAGCUUUGCACAGAGCCGUCCUGGAGGAAGCCAAGCCCUCUCUUGUGACAGCAGUCGUGGGACAAAACAUCCAGCUGGUCUGUAAGUCAGCCAUGUCCCCCUUCUCCAGGGUGGAGUGGAUGAAGGACAGCCGACCGGUCUCCUCUGACAGGCACGCCUACCAGUCCGACAGCUCCUUAGUGAUCAGCCACGUCAAGCCGGAGGACGCUGGGACUUACACGUGCCUCAUUCCUGAUGGGAGGACAGAGAGCCGGCAGAUUCAGUUGGAGAUCAUAGAGCACCAGGGCGCUGCUCUGGCAGAGGGUGAGAGAGGUCGGGUCCUUCACAAGGAGAAUCAGCAGCAGCGAGAGCUUUCCCCGGGCAGGAGGGUUGCACCCGCAGCCGGUUCCUCCACGCAUCAGCAGCUCACGUACAGGUUGCGGAUGGAUAAGAGUGAGCCCUCAGUAGUGGAGGCCAACGUCGGGGAGAGGGUCAGACUGCCCUGCACAGCAGAAGCAUCGCCAUCUCUCACCAUCGAGUGGCAGAAAGAUGGGCAGCCCCUCUCCUCUCCCAGACACAGGCAGCAGUCAGACGGGGCCCUGGUCAUCAGCCGGGUCAGCUCUGAAGAUGUUGGCUUCUUCACCUGCAUUGCCUCGAAUGGACGCGACCGGGACCAGCGCCAGGUCCUGUUCCGACCUCUAGGAGAGUUGAGGAUCACUGGUCUUCUGCCAAGCAUCACGGUACCCGAGGGAGGGACUGCUCAGCUUCACUGCACUGUGACUGGAAGCAACGUGAAUAUAAGGUGGUCAAGGAACGGAGUCCCCAUGCGGGCAGAUGGCCACCACAUCCACUUGUCCCAGGAUGGAAGCCUGAUCAUCAGCGACGUUCAGGAGGCUGACGAGGGAUCCUACACGUGCAGUGCCUACAGCAGCAGCAAUUCUGUCAGUGCCAGCACGGAGGUGAAAGUGCUGAGGAGCAAGCCUAGCACUACGGCAAAUCAGGUUGUGGACCUGAGCAGAGAGUGUGUGGACCAGCCGCACCUGGCCAACUGUGACCUGAUCCUGCAAGCCCAGCUCUGCAGUAACCAGUACUACUCCAGCUUCUGCUGCGCCAGCUGCGCUCGCCACCAGCCCCAGGCCAGCCCGCCACGGCACCACGGGUGACAGACACCACACGGCAGUACAGGUGACAAGAGCAGAGAUCUGAGCUCUGUCCUUUUACUUGUGUGAAACUGUUCUGGGAGCUCUGCCCUGCUGGAAAGCUCGAGAGGGUGAACUGAAGAGGGUGUAGUGGGUGUAACUGUUCCAAGGUGGGAGACCCACCACCCUCAAGUUUAUUGCAAACUUCUUUUCCCUCCCCUGUAGGCCUUGCUGUAGCCAAUCCAUCUCUUCGCUUAAGGGUAGGUGCUGUCAUUCACAGAACAGGGUGUCGCUGGGAACGUAAGGAUGCUGUGACUUUACAGAGAAGGCAGGUAACCAGCAUGAAAGAGGGAGAGACCUAUUCUUAAUACGAGCACGAGAGAGAAGUACUCUUAAAAACAGCCAUCAUCUCUGAAGCGUUGGAAGAUCAGCCUGAACUGGCUUAACUGAAGGACAAAUGAGCAAUGAACAUUUGUAAUCCUGGGGAGCACUUUCCAUCUAAAUGCAAAGGACUCUGGCCACCAGAAACAGCUUGAAGCACGUAAAAUUAGCGUUCGGGUCCUUUGAGGUUACUAGCUCUGGGGAUGGAGGUGUAAUGUCCCGUUACUGUAGCUUUUUAUUUCCAGUAGACCUUAGACAAAUUUCUGGUUGGGUCAGCUUGGUUUCUGCUUGACUGUAAUGGGCUUUGGAGUGGGACGCAGAAGCAAUGCUUCACAGAAAGCUUAAGAGAAAAUAAAAAUACUGUUAGCCUUUUCUGAAUGUUAGGGGUGAUUUAGAUGAAUAUACCAAGGCCGUUGCCUGUUCUGAGAUGCUGCAGUUUAAAUGUCACUCACUUGAGCAAGGCUCAGCAGAUAAUUUUAUUUUUUUCUGAGCCAGAACUGUGCUGUUGAGUUUAUUGCAAAGCUGGGCCUGGUGGUAGCGUUGUGCUGAGUUUCAGCUUGGGAAGGCUGAGUAUAUUUCUAAUAUACUCAUAGAAAUGUGUGUAGGGGCAUUUGACUUGCCAGAAUAAACCUCCCGAUGAUCUGUUUUACUCAGUUAACCUGGGGAAAGCCUGGCUCUGCAGGUGGCCUGGGCUGACUCCUGCUGCCGUGGGCUGACAAGCCAGGACUUCCAGGUGCAGAGCAGCUACAGCUGAAAAGCAUCCUUGGUUUCAAGACUAACGCUGAGUGGCAGCAAGUGUGUGUAUGAGGGACUGAAAGGGAAAGUCUCAGGCAUUAAGGGGGGGUGUGGGGAGGUGAGAUUUAGAUAAUGAUUUGUUAAACCAGGAAAGGUCCUUGGGUGUCUUCAGUAUCUCAAAAUGGAAUUAUUUCUGAGCAAAAGCAUUUUUUACAGCCACCAUGGUAUCGUUUUUACCCUAGCAUCAGCCCUAACAGUCCCCCUCUUCCUCAUUCUGAACUCCCUGGUGAGACUUGGAUGGGUUAAUCAGAUUAAUUAGCACCAUUACCCAUUUAUUAUUUGCAUAGAUGUAGCUAUAAACUAGUAGACUGGUGUGUAGUGUUGACGGGGUGGUGGAGGAUUGGAUUUUUUUUUUUUCUUUUUUUUUUCCCCUCUCCUACUUCUGUUACUUUAAGGCUUCUGAGGAAGGCAGUUAUUUAGUGCUUACCCCACUCUCCUCUCCUUCAGUCCAGACUCAGUCCUGGGGGCAGCAGGAAUACAAACAUAGGUGUAAAUCCCCAGGCUUGAGAGCCUAAAGCUGGUUUGGAUGCUAAAUCCAGUAAAUCAGUUCAGCUGCACCUAAAAAUAAGAAUUAGUAGCCUAAUGAUUGCACUCUCUUCAGCACAGGUGUGGCUUCAGGACUGGACACGCGGCUUUAAGACGUGAACAAACUGAAAAGCUUAGAAGCAAUCCAGUAAAGGAGCGAGAGGUGACAGUCACAGCCAUUUGGGGGGUGGGUAUUUCUGUAGGCUGAUAGGUUCUGUUCUGUAGUCUGAUUGAUAGCUUCUGCUUGCUAGAAGAGACAAAUACUUAUUUUGCAGCUAAGACCUGUUAAUUUGAUUGGGGAAAACUUCCUCUGCUGUAAUUCACAGGAGGUGUUACACCAUAAUGAGGUGCCAUCAUUGGGUAUUUAAGAGCAAUGAGAUGUCCUGAGACCUUCCAGUUGUGUUUGUCCAUAAUUUUGCAUUUAACACCUCAGACUGAUAGUCUUUUUUUUUGGUGUGUAUGUGUAUAGGAUAUUUUAGUGUAUAGUAUGACUGACUCUGCCUGUUGAGACCAGAGACCAACCCCAGCCUGUACGUUCCAGCCCUCGUGAAGCCCUCUCAGCUCAUGUGUGGCAGUGUAGUCCAGGUUUGUGGCCCUGCCCAGGAGCUCGGUUAGAAGCUGAUUGUGGUUCUGUCAGAUCCUUUAGUCCCAGAAUAAGCAGUCAGAGGUCUAUAAUAGCCUUUUCUACUCUG